AUGGGCCAACUACCUGUCUCCUUGCUCCUCAUCUUCCACCUCCUAAUACUUUCAACCGUCCAGCAUACAACAGCACAGCAAGAAUGCGCAAGCCUUAAAAAAGUUCCUCAUCCGGUCAGAGCUGGCUACUGGUUCUCUCACUUGGCCCGCUACUCGCCAGUUUCCAACAUCAACACCUCCCUCUACUCCCACCUCUACUACUACUCCCUUUCCCUUGAUGAUACUAAUUUUCAUGUUGCACUCCCACCAGAUGACCAACUUCCCCUUUUAGCCACUUUCUCGACCGCCGUUAAAGCCAAAAACUCAUCCCUUAAGACGCUCUUGUCCAUUGCCACGGAUGACUGCCAAACCAACAUCUCCAAUGCUGCCUUCUCUGCCAUGGCAGCAAAUCAAACUCUUCGAGCAGCAUUCAUCAAUUCCACCAUAGAACUAGCCAGAACCAAUGCAUUUGAUGGGUUAGACUUGGCUUGGCAAUUUCCUUCAUCAUCUUCUGACAUGGCCAGCCUCGGGAUCCUGCUUGCAGAAUGGAGAGCCCACAUAAACGAGGAAGCACAGAAUUCAUCUUCCCGUCUCCUGCUGACGGCCACAGUAUACUUCUCAAACCACCUGUUUGAUGUGCCUGCUGAUAAUGUCGACUACCCGAUAGAAGCCAUCUCAGACAACCUUGAUUGGGCCAAUGCUCUCUGUUUUGGUUACCACAAGAACAGCGAUGUCACAGCUUUUGAUGCUCCACUAUAUGAUAAGUCCUCCCACUUUUCUACAAGUUACAGCAUUACUUCAUGGCUGGCUGCAGGAAUCCCUGAAUGCAAGCUGGUAAUGGGUGUCCCUUUAUAUGGAAGAUCUUGGUUCCUCAGGAACAAAAUGAAGAAUGAACCAGGUGCACCAGUUGUGGCCACAGGACCUAGGCAAAAGAUGAGCAACCAAACCGGUAUGAUUGCUUACUCUGAGAUCAAAGAGAUCUUGAAGGAUCCCAACAUUGUCCUUCUAAAUGACAACCAGACUGUAUCUGCAUAUUUCCAUUCUGGAGGUCUGUGGGUCAGUUUUGACAGUCUAGAAGUGGUGGAGGUGAAGAUAGAGUUUGCUCUCCAGAAAAGGUUGCUGGGCUAUUUCCUCUGGCCAAUCAGUUUUGAUGACUCAGAUUAUACACUAUCCAAACAAGCUUCAGAUGUAUGGCUCAGAAACCACGAUUCUCCAUAUUAUGAGGAUGUGAAUGGCUUUGAACAGACACCAUCUCCGGCUCCACUACCACCACAAGAUCAUUCUCUGACUCCAUCAGCAGCAUUGUCUAGAUCAAAACAAAGGUCUCCAACAACUCAUCUGUCACAUCUCAAUUUGUAUAUUUUGCUGUUUCUUCUCUUUUAUCUUACAACAAUUUAAGCAGCUUAGAAGUGUGAUAAGAACACCCUCCUGCAAAAUUCUUUAUCAUAGAGAUCUUGAUCCAAUUUAUG